AUCAUCAGCCGAACCUCGCUGCUCGUUUACGGAAGCGCUCUCUCCUUCUCUUGUGCCGCCACCGACGUCUUGUUUAAUUUGAAGGGCACGGGGAAGGCACAGGAUACACACACACACAAACACGCGCGCGUGCGUGCCAGUGUUUUUGCAUCCUGUGUCUUUAAAACGCAGGAGGAGACAUUUGUGUUUCUGAGAUGUAGCCUGCCUGGCAGAUCUGUCGCCAGCAUUGCUCCUGCCCCCCCGCUGAGGAAGGAAGGAAGGAAGGAAGGGCAGUUGGGAUGCCGAUGGUUUCAUCUGGCAGCAGGAAAUUGUUAAGGGAAGUUCAGUGUGUUUUUUAGGUUAACGGUUCACUUCUUCCUCCUGGGGUUUCUUUAACAUCCUCCAUCAAGGCUAUAGCGAGACUAACCGACCGCUACACCUGCAGACACGGUUUACUCAAGAUCCACCUGCUGUCCCUCAACACAGAAGAAACAAACAGAAUUCUUAAGAAAUGGACCAAGAUAAUCCAAGCCAAAAAUCCCAGAAGCAAGAAGACGACCCACAUGAAGCAGCAGAAGCUUCAACAAAACGUCCAACUUUGGCUCCAGCCACAGAAUCCCCUGCCGGCCAGCCUGGCAGGCCUCGGCGGCCCCAGAGAAGCGCCAGAGUAGAGGGCUCUGUCGACAUCUCCGAGCCCAAAGUGGAGCCCAAAGCGGAGCCCAAAGCUGAACCCACUCCGGUGGCUGACCAGGAGGAGUCCACUCCUGAUGGUCCUGUGGCAAGUCACCCUAAGCCCUCUCGCCCUGGAGCGGUCAAACCCUCAGGAGAGCGCAUCGGUCAAAGCACCAAAGUGGGUCCUAAAGGGCCCGGCCACCACCCAGUUAGGGCUGCCUCGGUCCCGCACCCAGCGGGCAGCAGGCCUGUGGCUCCUCACCAGAACCUCCAUGCACAGAGGGCCCUCUCUGUAGUAGGUACAGCUGACACUCCACACGCCCAGGCUGUGGAAGACUUCAGGCUGCACAUCAUCACAUGGAACGUGGGUUCGGCCACGCCCCCUGAUGACAUCACUUCCCUGCUGGGGCUGAAUGUGGGAGAUGGAAACACAGACAUGUACAUCAUCGGGCUGCAGGAAGUGAACUCCAUGAUUAACAAAAGACUGAAAGAUGUCCUCUUCACAGACCAGUGGAGCGAGGUCUGCAUGGAGAGACUCAGCCCCUUUGGAUAUGUGCUGGUCACCUCUCAGCGGAUGCAGGGGUGUUUACUGUUGGUCUUUGCCAAGUACUUCCAUCUGCCCUUUCUCCGUGGAGUCCAGACUGAGACCACCCGCACCGGCCUGGGGGGAUACUGGGGGAAUAAAGGUGGUGUGAGCGCCCGCAUGUCAGUGUUCGGCCACACCAUCUGCUUCCUCAACUGCCACCUGCCGGCUCACAUGGAAAACUCAGAGCAGCGCAUGGAGGACUUUGAGAGCAUCCUGCAGCAGCAGCAGUUUGAGGGCCAGGCGGCCACCGGGGUUCUUGACCAUGAUGUGGUGUUCUGGUUUGGAGAUCUCAAUUUCCGCAUUGAUGAGUUGGAUAUGCAGGUUGUGAAAUCAGCCAUUGAUAACAACAAGUAUCAAAUGUUGUUGGAAAAGGAUCAGCUCAAUAUGGCCAAAGACAGUGAGACAGUGUUGGAGGGUUUCCAAGAGGGGGCGCUGAAAUUUCCUCCCACCUACAAGUUUGACGUUGGAACAGAUACAUAUGACACAAGCGGUAAGAAGCGUAAACCAGCUUGGACCGACCGGAUUCUGUGGCGGCUGAGAGCCACUGCUACUGCCGAAUCUGCUCUCAACGCAGGGAAGCGUGGAUCCAUGUUGGGCCUGACCAGUGGGACCAAAGUGACCCAGCACUACUACCGAAGUUACAUGGAGUACACAGUCAGUGACCACAAACCUGUCUCCUCCAUCUUCACCCUGCAGUUCCCGUACAAGGUGGAUAUUCCCCUGGUCACUAUCAUGGUGGAGGAUGAGUGGAAUUGUAUUGCUGAUGCCGUAGCGAGAUUCAAGCUGGUGCCAAACUUCCCACGCAGCUCCUGGGACUGGAUUGGACUGUACAAGGUGGGUUUCAAGCACCAUAAGGACUAUGUGGGGUAUGUGUGGGCCAAGCAAGAGGAGGCUGAUUUCACUCGACCAGAACAUCAGGUAACCUUUACUGAGGAGGAAUUGCCCAAAGGCUCAGGGGACUUUAUCUUGGGUUACUAUAGCAACAACAUGAGCACCAUUGUGGGUGUCACAGAGCCAUUUCAGAUCCAGCUUCCCACUUCAGGUCUUGACGCGAGUUCUUCAGACAGCUCGGACGUCAGCUCAGAGGAUGACAGCACCGUCAUCAUGAAGACGAGGUCCCGCAGUCCCAGUCCACGCAAGGCCAAGCACCGCCACCACCACCGCAGCCACAGCCGGGGCAGCCUUGAACAGGCCAAAAUGAAAAUGCUCAAUGUCACUGAUGCCCCUCCAUCCAGCACAGCAGCGGAGAAUGAGUCCACAAGACCUCCAGCAGAGGGCAGCAGCAGCCAGGUGUCUGCUUCUGGGGAGGACGCAAAAGACAGUGAGGGUUCAGGAGUGUGAGACAGGUGACACAUCCAACUACAGUGUCUUUAAUUAAAUACAUUCACGACAUUGUAUGUUUUCUGUAAUGAAAAUCUGCAGUUUUUAUUGAUGCCAUCCUUUUCAGGAACAGCCAUCUGGGUUUGUCCAGAAGGCUAACUUUGCCUUGAGUUGUUCUAUUUAUCUGUGCACAUUGUAUAUUUUUGAUUUGUAAAUCUUUAAUUCUGUCCUGUGUUCCUUCAACUUUUGUCCUUUCUCAGGUGUGGACAGUACAGGGAGCUGACACCUUGCAUUAGGAAACUAUCUUCCCCAUAUUCCCAAAAAAGACUUGUUUUAAAUGCUGCUGCAACGAAAACAUUUCCCAAUUUGGGAUCAAUAAAUUGAAUCUUAUCUUAUCUUAGCAAUGAUUUGAAACUCUGCACUGACCUCAAAAGAAGUCACGCUUUUAAGACAAGGAGUAGGACAUACUUCACACAGACAUUGCUCACAUAUCAACUAGUCUGCUUUAGUUGUGGAACAUAUAGCAAAAAAUCAGCUCUGACAAAACGAAUCAUAGGAAAACAGUAAAAAAAACACUAUUUUUUUGAACACUUUAACACACCAAUCCCCUGAAACAUCCCACAUAGACAAAGGUGGGGGAUUGAGGCUCUGAAGACAGGGAAUAUUUGAAAAACGUUCAUACUUGUUUUAAGCACCGGAGAAGAUAUUUAUUACAGUGAUGAUAAUAAUAGCUUACUAGGCUAUGAAAAAUCGAACAAUGCUAAAGCUGAGACACCAACCGUUAUUGGGCAACCAUACGCAAUACACACAGUCUUUGUACACAUAUACAGCAUAGUAGAACGAGAUUUAACAACGCCUGGCUUAUAUCCUAUAAUAACGUGGUGCAGAAAACAAGUAUGAAAUAAGCCAUCCGUAUUCAGAGCCUCGCCUGCUGCCCAUCCUUAUGUGGAUAUUCUUUGUUUUGUAAUGCUACAUUCAUUACAAGGCAACAUGUUGCAUAACACAGGGAACCUUUCCCAAGAUCCACCACUGGGAAUAAAAUCCCUUCAGUGCGCAUGAGAAAAGAGAGCAGGCCCUUAGUUGUUGGACACUGGAGUCCAGGGGGCUCGGCCACCAGCCCUGGCAGCAGCAAAGCACAAGUCAGCUUAGAAGGUGAAUAUGAGCGUGAAGGCUUUUAAAUAGACCACCACACCAUAGCGGUGGGAUUUUAUGGGAGGCUGGUGUAGGAACUAGAUGAUUAAUUGUUGGCUACUUAAUCUUCUUUGCCGACUUCAGCGUUUACAUCAGCAAUAUCUGACCCAGGAAACAUUUACAGUAUAUUGCUUGGACACAUACCUUUCAUGUGAGUGAAUGAGCCAUCUUUAUUUUAAUUAAAAUAAAAAAUGUAUUCAACGGAUAAUCAAUCCCGACAUCUCUGACAACCUGUGAUCAGGAUCUCUACUAUUCAGAGCUACCACAGGCCUUUGCAUAUACCGUUAGUAUUAUGAUGCAAGGCAACCCCAGAAUGACUUUACUUUUCCUCAGUUCACUGCAUACGUUUCUUGUGUUUUAUCUUGCUUAGAUACUCCCUUACUGAUCCUGGUGGAUAGCUGACAGUGAUAAUAGUCACAGUAGUCGUGUUGCAUUGUUACCGUGUGACCAUGAUGCAUCAUAUUAGACACUUUUUACUUUUGGGCUGUUAGCAUAGGACAGUGUAUGCUGUAGUAGCUGUAACCUCAGUGUGGACGUCUGUAAUCGGUUGUUGUGUGUAUGUGUUUUUAUCGACGUGAUUGUGUUUUGGAUUGAGGGGAUUGGGUGUGUGUGUGUGUGUGGUGUGUGCGUGCUAGCGUUAGCAGUGAAUGGUGUGUGGGUGCGUUUGCAUGGUUUGCAGCUGGACAUACUGUACAUUCCGGUACUGUGAUUUUUGUGCCGUAAAGUGCUGUUUUUGAAUCCUCUUUGUUAUAAUUGUGACUGUGAAACUUGUUAGGAAAACUAUGUAAGGACAGUAUACAAAUGUUACUUCAGUGUACGUGAUGGGUGAAGAAAAUGCAGGACAGUUAUGCCUGCAUAAAUCAAAAAAGUUCAGAUCAUUUCAUAGUGCAUUCAUGUAUUUUCUUGUUUUCAAAUGAAAAAUAUAACGGACCUUUGUUUAGGGUAAGAUGUUUUAAAAAGAUUAAGAUUGUAUGACUUGUAAAUGUCCUAUUUUAGGUGAUUUAGAUAAAUAUGGUCAGCACUGCAGUCAUGACCAGUGUGUAUUUAUUGUGAGAUGUUAAUGAAAUAAUGCUCUGUCUACAGAAUGUUAUUGUUUUGUAAUUAUGUGGCUAAAAUAGAAGAAAUAUGUAUGUAAACUACAAAUGUUAUAUGAUAUAAUAUACAUGAUAGAUGACAAUCUAUGCCACAAAGAUUAUUUUACUUAAAUUAUGUAUUUAUUUUCUUAUGUGUAAAUGAGCCUGAAUUCUGCUGGCCAGUGAGGGAGCAUUAUUUCAAUGGAUAUUAUAGAAUAUUGAUCAUUGUUCUGUCAGGAUCUAUGAAGAGAGAGUCUGAUUCUCCCAUUUACGUUUGAGAAAAAUCCAGUUUAAAUGUUGCUUUUAUUGUAAAUGUAGAUUGUUUAGUCUAAAGGACUUUGUAUAAUUGUGAAAGAAAUUGACAAAAAAUGUGCAAGUCUGUGAGACACUAUUUGUUAUGACAAUAAGAAUUAUGAGAAUUGUUUACCCCUGUGAAAUGACCCCGAUCAGCGAGGCAAAAGGUUUUUAUGGGUUGCUUCCUUAGAUCUCAAACUGUCCAAAGAAAAAAUACAACCCUCUUCAAAUUG